GUUGGAAUAACAAUAACAUGAUACACAUCUCUGUGAAUGAAGACCCUUUCCAGAGGAACUGCUACUAAUAGUUAUACUCUAUAGCUGGCUACUAUAUCUGCGCGCGCUGAGGUGUACGGGAUGGCCACUGUGUGCAAGAAAUGGGCGAGUGUGUUUGGAACCUUGCAGCCAGUGAUAAUAGGAAUGAUCCAUGUGCAAGCUCUACCAGGGACCCCCCACAACUGUCUGCCCAUGAUGGAGAUAGUGAGGAGAGCAGUAGAGGAAGCGAGGAUAUAUCGAGACACUGGAUUGGAUGCUUUACUUGUAGAGAAUAUGCACGACACUCCGUACCUAAGGGGUGUGGGGUCAGAGGUCACUGCCGCCAUGACGAGGGUGGCAUGUGAAGUGAGAGCGGCCGUACCUCAACUACCACUAGGAGUGCAAAUACUGGCAGGUUGCAACAAGGAGGCCUUGUCAGUGGCCCUAGCCAGUGGUGGGAGCUUCAUUCGUGCAGAAUGCUUUGUCUACUCCCACGUGGCUGAUGAAGGUUGGAUGGACGCUUGUGCAGGGGAACUGCUCAGAUAUCGCAGAACUAUAGGAGCUGAGGAGAUCAUGGUGCUAGCUGAUAUCAAGAAGAAACACUGUUCUCAUUCUGUGACUGGUGACCUGAGUAUUGGAGAGACGGCUCAAGCUGCUCGAUUCUUUGCUGCUGAUGGUGUGAUAGUCACUGGAGCAUCUACUGCACAACCUGCCAACACUUGUGAACUAGACACUGUACGCACUUCCCUAGGGUCAGAGGUCAAUGGCGGGCUACCUAUACUCGUAGGGUCAGGGGUCACUGUAGAGAAUCUGGACAAAUACAUGUGUCGUGUGAACGGACUGAUUGUGGGGUCAGAGUUCAAGGAGGGGGGACUGUGGAGUAAUGCCAUUGAUGUUGAACGAGUAAGGAAGUUCCUGAGAAGGAAACACGAACUAUUGCCCUAACCUUAUUAGCACCAUUACUGACAUAACUGACUCAUUCAUAGUGUUUCUGUUGAUGGACUGUAUGUGUCACAUGCAACAUCCCUCCUAUCAUUCUUAGUAAUGUUA